AUGCCGAGUUACACGGGACUAACUGGUGACGGUAAUGUCGACUACAUUAUCAGUGAUUAUAUGGAACGUUUGGGUGAGCGUUUAAACAUUCUUGAAACGGAGCUAAAGUAUGCGUGGCGUGCAUUGGAUUUAUUGAGUCAAGAGUAUAUUAAAAUGUGGGAAAGGUUGGAGAAGUUGGAGGGGUUGCUUUAUGAGCAGCAGACUGUGAUUAGUCAAUUAAUUGAAUUCUAUGCAAGUGGAAGUCAGCAGGGUGGCGGAAAUGGCGGGGGAAGUGCUUCGGUAAAUGCUAUUGAGGAGGCUCCUGGUCAGAGAGGAUCUGUUGGUGAAUUGGAUGCCAUUGCCAAGAGUCUGGGGCCGUCAAUGGGGAUUGAAGAUACUAGUGUACUGAGAGAGAAAUUGGCACAGCAGGAACUAGCACGUAUGCAUGGUAUUACUUCCCAUGAGAGUGGUCCCGUUGCUGCGAUAACAGACAUGCAUCGGAGUGUUAGAAACUUGGAGACGCUAGAGACUCUUGAGGAGGAAGUUGCUAUGCCUGAUGAAGCAUUCUAUCGUAGUUUGAAUAAUGCUUAUCGGGAGGAUUUGAUUUGUGGUGAAACUUCACGGCCUGCUUCCCAGCUAGGAAUGAUUUGGGAAGAGGCUGAAGAUGUUGACGAUUCGAAUGGAAAGAAGGAAGAAACAUUUUCGGGGGAUAAAGUGGCUAAAGAUAAAGAAGACAAAGACAAGAGUAAAGAUAAGGAUAAAGAUAAAAAUAAAAGUAAAGAAGAAGUUGUAGUUGAGAAAUCGGAUAACAAAGAGCAAGAUACUGAUGCGGAUGAAGGUGAAAUAUUUAGUGCUGCUGAUUACAAAAGUUAUCGGGGAAACACACCUUGUGUCAGUGAACAGGAUUUAGCGGAAUUGUCGAAAUUAAGUUCACUGGACCAAGUUGCGCUGGAAAAACUUCAUGAGCUUGAUAAAUUGACUAGUAAAUUACAAAAAGACUCACAGGAUUUAAUUGAACUUAACACUCGACUAAUGGAGUCGCCUAAACGCCACCAGUAUAAUUCUGAGACAGAAGCUAAAUUGGCUGAGGAAGCCAGUAGUAUAGAUGAACAAUUACGUAAAAUAUAUGCUGAGACUGAUGUUGACAAUUGGACGUAUUCCAAGAGUCCAGGAUCCACGGGCCGAUCCAUAUCUCGUGUUAGUACAGACUCGGGACUAGCAACAGACGGUGAUUUUACCGCAAGGUCCAUAUCUCCAAGACUGAGUAAUACACCAAAGAGUCAUUUAGACUCAUCAUCUAUUCACAGUACAUCGACUUAUACACCCCCGCGUUUAGGUUACACUACAUCACUUUUGGAAAAAAGUCCUGAACCUGUAAUGCCUUUGCCUAUUGAUCCGGGUAAUUUUGCCAAAGGCUACGCGGAAAAUAAAGAGCUUACGGAUUUAAUGGCCGAGAGUUUCGUUGCAGUAACCUGCGCAUCAUCCACUAUUGGCUAUAGCACUACUACUGAUAAAAUUCCGUCGCCAACACUGUCAGCAGGCAGUCAGCACAGCGUCCAUAGUAUCCACAGUAUUCAUAGUGUACAAAGUCUACGUACACGUCACGAUGGUUAUUUCGGCAGCGCAGCAAGACUUAACUUUGAAUUCCCCGAGAGUAGAACCCCACCGAGCCCGUCGCCUAGUUCGCCACCUCCGCCGGCUCCCCGUGAUUCUAGUGACAAUUUUAUUAUGCCCAGUGACCCAGCGGAUCAGCGUGAAAACGAACUUAAGCGAGUCCAAAGUCCCAGUAGUAACUUUUUAAGAAGUACUGAAAAAUUAACUGAAGAUAGACUCUCGUCUCAUCCACUGUCACCAAAAUCACCUCGUGCAUCACCUAAACACGUUAAUAAACCUUCAAAUAUAAUGGCCACCAUUUCUGAUUCUGGGCUGUCCUCAAUAAGCAACUGGAGUGGCAUGGAUAAGUCUCCUUGCUCGCCAAAGACUUCGAUCUCCAAGAUGUUGACUUCCUACUCGCUGGAUCACACCAGGUCAAUUAUUACUGCUAAUCAAGCUUUAAGAACUGUCAGCCCUAUUCCUCCGCUUCCAGCGUCAACUACCAGCACUAUUUCGACAGCAGCAAUUCAAGAACCACUUUACGAUACACCUGAAGGCCGUGAUGUUUUUGGUAAUGUCAGUGCGGCCAUCACGAGUCACAACUUGCUAGCAAAUCACGUUCCAUACUCAACCGCUAAAUCUCCAGCUUCCAAAGAAGAUUACGCUUUUGGAUCAAUUCCUGCAGGGGGAGUUAAUUCCAGUCCGAAGAAACGUGGACGUGCUCAAACACUUCAGCACCAACAUACUUACGAUACUGUAACACCGGCAGGUUCAAUGGACAUGAUUUACCGUCCAGAACAACCAGCAAUUUAUUCGGUUGCAGGUAAUCGUCAACACUUCAUUACCGGUGUCUACACAAGCAGCCCAAGUAGUUCUAGUCGCUCUUUAGUACCACGUACUACAAGUGCUGAUCAGUUUUACCAUCGAAAUGCUAACGGCGGUGAAAACUUUGCUAAUUAUCAAGAGGCCUACAGCGCAAUGCAGUACGCAGAGGCUGCGCUUUCUGGUUAUCCCCAUCACCGGAAACCUACAAGAGUUAUGUCUUACGGUGAUAGAAUGGCUUACAAAAAUGCUAUGUACAGAACAAAUAUGUUUCCAACAGAUAAUAUUACUGAUGCAUUAUCUUAUUAUCCGACUUCCACAAAUCUUCCACAAACAGAAGCCACGGACAGUAUUAAUAACUCUUGGCUUCGUGAGUCACAGAUACCUCAUGACUCAACUUCUUCCAGUAUACGAUCAAUGACUUCGGACGGUAGCUAUGCUCAGAGUUCUUACAAUGAUCGUAGAUACCCCCAGCCACCUAGUUAUCAGAGCCAUCAGCAGUACUAUGCAGCUCAGAAUUAUCACCAACAGCAGCAGCAGCAGCAGCAGAAAACAGCGCAACAGAGUUAUCAGCAACAAUAUCAGCAAGCUUAUGCACAGCGUUUAACGAGUUCAGAGAGCAGUGCAUCAGAAAGUUUCCAGCAACAUCGACAACGACCUAGAGGUAGUGAACAUCCGACUCAAUAUAUGGUUGUUGAUAAAGACAGACAAGUUAUUGCCCAAACUCAGGGCCAACAGGGUUAUUAUGAUCCUUCAAAUGUUAUCGUAUCUCAAUCAGGUUAUAUCAGUAUUAGCGCAGACAUUAAAGACCGCGAGGAAGUAAAAGUACCAAAAAAAGUACGCCGUGGCUCGUCUCUUAAAAACGCAAUGAGUUCAAUGAGCCACUGGUUGCCAGAUCUUCAUCUCAAGCGCCAUAGAAGUCAAUCAUUGCCAGGUGGCGUUCGUCGGGAAGAUCUCGAUGUUUCAGAUUCUGGAAGCCAACAAGAGCCCGCGCCGGUUGAAGUUAAAACAUCCCGUGGCAGAUCGCACGCGGCGCGAAAAAAGAAAAAGCAUAAUUUGGUUUCAACUGUUUCAGGAAUUUUACAAAAAGCUAAAAGACGAAGUCAUCACUCCCAGUCACUCUCUGAUCCCGAGCAAUCUGAAACUGAGUGGAGUAGCGGCCGACAAAGUGGCCUGUCCGAAGACGAGGACAGCGUAAUGUCGGAUAUUAAUCAAGAUCCUCCUUUCUUUGCCAAAGUACGUGCGAGCCAAAAACGAAAAACUCCUCCCACUCUUGCACAGCAGCAACAAAUGCAACAGCAGAUGCAACAACAGCAACAGCAACAGAAUCCAACGCUUCCGUCUCCACAGCAGCAACAUCUGGACUAUCUUCAGCAGCAACAGGCUGCUCUACAGCAACAGAUUCAACAACAUCAAGAGCAAUUACAACUACAAGCUGCUCAAGAUCGUAUGAAGGAACGAGAUUUGCGCAGCAAGCAUGAAAAUAGUGAGCAUGAGCUUUCAGAUAAUUUAACAAACGCAGAAGACGGUCAUGAUGGCUCAGGAAAAAGUACAGGAUCUGGUUCCGGUGGCUCUACGAACAUGUUCCCCACAGUUGGAGACAUAAAACGCUCGACAGGAAGCUCCGACGAGGCUCCAAAUGAAAAAGCACCUAAAUUACCAGUUGCGAUGAUGGGAGGUGCCAGCAUGGAGUUUGCAGUAUCAAGAGCAUUAGGUAAAUACCGACAACGUCAGUCUUCCACAGUCUCAGACGAUCAACCAACGUCUGAAGAUGCCUUUGACAAAAAAUCUGAUGAUGGACAGCUGCAGGAAACAAUUGGUUCUAAAGAAGAGCAGCAGCAGCAAGAUCGUGUGAAUGAAAAAAACGAAAAAACACCGAGUGCAAAGCCUCCAGAGCUGGUUACAAGUCUGUCCGAGGAAGCACCAGCCUCAGAGGGAAGUCCAUCGGCUUCCAGCACUCGGGGCUUUGGCUAUGUGACUAACAGAUUUUUGCCUAGACACCAGCAGUCUUUAGAAAUACCUUGGGCGGGUUCUCGCAGUGGUGAAGGAGACGAGGAUAACAGAAGUACACAUUCAUAUCGCAGCACAUCUCGCGUGUCUUCCAGAAGACAGAGCACCGAGGAUUCAAUAGACUCCGAAGAUGAAUGGUAUUGUUAUGAGUUGAGAAAACUAGAGGAACUCGAACGACAGUCACAAAUGGAUAUGGAAAUGGCUCAAGUUUUAGUUGAAGAACCAAAUGAAGAACAAGCUCCUUAUUGCCCUGAUGAGGAUGUUAAACAGCGUAUGUCAUUCGUACUUAAGGAGUUAAAACUUAAGACCAUUCCGAAGGAAGAUAGUAAUAAACUCAUUGAAGAGAAUAAUGACUAUAACAUUAAAAAAGAUAAUAAUCUUAUUAAUAGUUUGCGCGGCACUAAAAUAAAUGGGGCGAUUCCGCUGCAUCGACAGAGACCUUACGAAGACGACGGAAAACCCAUUCCUAAGAAAAAAACUGCUGAAAGUGUUGAAACCGUUUUUGCAAGGGUCACUGAUUAUCACACUUGGGCUCACGAAGAGGAAGCACGUCGCGAUGAACGAACGGCUCUGCUACCAAUGGACGAGGGUUCUUCUGGGGAAACUUCUGGACCUGACAGUCCCGUUCACUCGAUGGACGAAUUAGACGAAGAGCUAGAUCUUCGCAAAGACUUAGAAGAACAAUCUAGACGGAGUUCCAGUGGAUCAACAAUGCGACGAGAAAGCGAAAAGCAGCUUCUCCAUCAAGGAUCAGAUUCACUAUCUCGUGAGGGAAGUGUCAGUGUUCCUCCUAGCGAAGUGUCCGUCAGCAUUCCCGGUGGUUGGGACUCUGAGAGCACCGUCCUCGAAGGGGAACGCGAUGGAGCUGAAAGUGCAGAAACCGCAACUCUAAGUUUACCUAAAAUUAAAAUAGACUCAUCGUCCUGCGGUAGUUCAGACACAACUCUGAAAGAGGGACAAGUAAGUCCCGGACCUCCUGGUUCCAAGUGGAAGCUCAUUAAAGCUUUGAAAGAACGCAAAGCUGAAGAUAAGCUCAAAGAAGAAGAAGACGCCACUGCCAAGGAAAGCGUUGUUCCUCCUCCUCCUCCCGCAAAUGGCAGUGGCGCUGGAGGUGAAUCUGGUGGUCGAGCUAAUGGACAUCCAGGAGAUAAUCCCUUCUAUAGCAACAUUGACAGCAUGCCGGACAUUCGACCACGCCGGAAAUCGAUACCAUUGGUCUCGGAAUUGGUCUUGAAGACAAUGGCAGCGAAGAGGAGCGCAGCUGGAUUAACUUCUGCAGUUCCAAGAGCGACGUUAAAUGACGAGGAAUUGAAGAUGCACGUAUACAAGAAAACGCUUCAAGCGAUGAUCUACCCAAUAUCUUCAACGACGCCUCACAACUUUGUAACCUGGACCGCAACAUCUCCGACAUACUGUUACGAAUGCGAGGGAUUACUUUGGGGUAUUGCACGUCAGGGCGUACGUUGCAUGGAAUGCGGCGUCAAGUGUCACGAAAAAUGUAAAGAUCUGCUCAAUGCUGACUGCCUGCAGAGGGCCGCGGAGAAAAGUUCAAAGCAUGGAGCCGAAGACAAAGCUAACAGCAUCAUAACAGCUAUGAAGGAAAGAAUGAAGCAACGGGAGCUCGAGAAACCGGAAAUAUUCGAGCUUAUUCGCACGACCUUUUCAGUCGACCCGGAUACACACAUUGACAGCCUAGAGCAGGCGGAGAUGAUCGUCCUCGAGGGUACCAGCAAGUGGUCGUGCAAGAUCGCCAUCACAGUUAUCUGCGCGCAAGGACUUAUUGCCAAAGACAAAAGCGGUACUUCAGAUCCCUACGUAACAGUUCAAGUAGGCAAAGUUAAGAAACGUACAAGAACAAUAACUCAAGAAUUAAAUCCCGUUUGGCAUGAAAAGUUUUACUUCGAGUGCCAUAACUCGUCAGAUCGCAUAAAAGUCAGAGUGUGGGAUGAAGACAAUGAUUUAAAAUCAAAAUUACGUCAAAAACUUACACGCGAGAGUGAUGACUUUCUUGGGCAGACAAUUAUCGAAGUACGAACACUCAGUGGUGAGAUGGAUGUGUGGUAUAACUUAGAAAAACGUACCGACAAAAGUGCCGUUUCCGGUGCAAUAAGACUGCACAUAAGUGUUGAAAUAAAAGGAGAAGAAAAAGUUGCGCCAUAUCAUGUUCAAUACACUUGUCUUCAUGAAAAUUUAUUCCACAGUUUGUGCGAAGAAAAUGCCGGUAUGGUUAAAUUGCCUCAAGCUAGAGGUGAUGACGCAUGGAAAGUAUACUUUGACCCUCCCGGUGAAGAAUUAGUCGACGAAUUUGCGAUGCGUUACGGAAUUGAAAGCAUUUAUCAAGCUAUGACGCAUUUUCACUGUUUGUCAACAAAGUACCUGUGUCCAGGAGUGCCGGCAGUAAUGUCAACACUUUUGGCAAAUAUAAAUGCUUACUAUGCACAUACAACUGCGUCGUCUGCUGUUUCAGCUAGUGAUAGAUUUGCUGCUAGUAAUUUUGGUAAAGAAAAGUUCGUAAAACUUCUAGACCAGUUACACAAUUCACUGCGUAUCGAUUUAUCGAUGUACCGAAACAACUUCCCGGCAUCUAGUCAAGAGAAGUUGAUGGAUUUGAAGAGCACUGUGGACCUUUUGACGAGCAUAACUUUCUUCCGAAUGAAAGUCCAGGAGUUAUCGAGCCCGCCGCGCGCGAGUACAGUAGUAAAGGACUGUGUCAAAGCGUGUCUGCGUUCAACUUAUCAGUUUCUCUUUGAAAACUGCUACGAGCUGUACAACCGGGAGUUUCAAGUCGACCCGAACGAAGCUAAACGUGACCCUGACGACCACGGACCGCGUCUAGACUCACUGGACUUUUGGCACAAACUUAUAGCAUUAAUUGUUUCGGUAAUUGAGGAGGAUAGAAAUAGUUACGCGCCGGUGUUAAAUCAAUUUCCACAAGAGCUCAACAUCGGUCAACUGUCUGCUGCGACGAUGUGGGGGUUAUUUGCAGUAGACAUGAAGUACGCACUCGAGGAACAUGAACAGCAUCGUCUCUGCAAGUCUUCGGCCUACAUGAAUCUACACUUCAGGGUUAAAUGGCUCCACGCCAACUACGUUAAGGACGUACCGCCGUACAAGGGUGCAGUCCCUGAAUAUCCAGCCUGGUUCGAGCCUUUCGUAAUGCAGUGGCUCAACGAGAAUGAUGACGUUUCACUCGAAUAUCUCCACGGUGCCUUCAAUAGAGAUCAAAAGGACGGGUUCCAAAAGAGCAGCGAGCACGCCCUUUUCAGUGUAUCAGUAGUCGACGUAUUUACACAAUUGACCCAAUGCUUCGACGUCGUAUCAAAACUUGAGUGUCCUGAUCCUGAAAUAUGGAAGAGAUAUAUGAAGAGAUUUGCUAAGACUAUUGUUAAAGUACUAAUGUCAUAUUCGGAUAUUGUCAAGAGAGAAUUCCCAGGUCAUCUUAAGGACGAAAGAAUUGCCUGUAUAUUAAUGAACAACAUUCAACAAUUGCGAGUACAACUAGAGAAAAUGUUUGAAUCAAUGGGCGGUGACAAGUUAGAAAAUGAUGCGGCAAAUAUUCUUAAUGAGUUACAGCAACAAUUAAAUGGUGCUCUUGAUGAGCUCGCGAUGUUAUUCGCCAAGAGUUUAGAACCGAGAAUAACUGUUUCCGUCCGAGAACUCGGGGAUCUUCUGUUGGCGAUAAAAGGAGGCGGGCAAGUUAAUUUGACGCAGCCGGCACAGCGCAAUGCGGUUGCUGUCGAGGCUGAUGAUGUUCUAACACCGCUAAUGGAUCUACUGGACGGUAGUCUAACACUUUACGCUCAAUCUUGUGAAAAAACUGUACUCAAGCGAUUACUUAAAGAAUUGUGGAAAAUUGUUAUGAGGAUUCUUGAAAAAACUGUUGUCUUGCCACCUAUGACUGACAAAAGUAUGAUGUUCAAGAAUUUGACCGACAAUGCGAAGAAUCUUGCGGCAAAUGCCAAGAUCGAAGAUAUGUCUCGAAUAUUCAAAAAUCACAUGGCUGGAAAACCAGACGUCAAGAAUGCUUUGAGUGGAGUAAUGGACAUAUCAAAAGAAGUAGAAAAGAACUUGUCGCCGAAGCAAUGCGCCGUUUUGGACGUCGCACUGGACACAAUAAAGCAGUACUUCCAUGCGGGAGGUAACGGCCUGAAGAAAAACUUUUUGGAAAAAUCGGCUGAGCUACAGAGCCUCAGAUACGCUCUCAGUUUAUACACGCAGACAACGGACACACUUAUCAAAACAUUCGUCACAACUCAACAAAACCAGAUGCCUCUGAAUGAUGCAACAGCCCUACGUCAACGUCAACGUUCCAUGAGCAGUGAUAGGGGUGAUGAUGGUGAUGAUGAAGGAAUGGAAGGCUUAGAAGAGCCCCUUCGUCAAAGUAAACCGCCGUCUCUUAGACAUGAAACUCGACAAGACACACUAGACGGUGGAUCGGUGGGUGUAUUAAGUCUCCAGGUGGAUCUAUUUACUCAUCCUGGUACUGGAGAACAGAAAAUCACCGUCAAAGUAAUCGACGCAAGCGAUUUGAAGUGGACUGAAGCGUCAUUCAAACCAUUCGUUGAAGUUAAUUUAAUAGGACCUAAUUUAGCCGAAAAGAAGCGAAAACACGCUACUAAAUCAAAGAGUGGUCUGUCACCAAAAUUCCAGGAGACUUUCGACUUUAUGAUUGGAAACGAUCAGCAGCUGCUUGAUUACCUAGAGCUCCAUGUCUGCGUAAAAGACUACUGCUUUUUCGCCCGCGACAAUCGUCUAGUCGGUGUGGCCAUAAUCCAAUUAAAGGACAUCGCUGAAGAAGCUUCACGUCCUUACAAACUAUCACUAGGUAAAAGAAUACAAAUGGACGAAACCGGUUGGACGAUACUCCGAAUUCUGUCGCAGCGAAACAAUGACGAGGUUGCCAAGGAAUUUGUUAAACUGAAAAGCGACAUCCGGCAGGAAAACCCACUACCCAAUCCCACUUGAAUAAAUAUUAAUAAAUAGAAUUAACUAAAUACCAAGUUCUUGAGCUUUGAAAGAGCUCCAGAUCCAUAACCUGCAACCCAGAUAAGGUUAUAAAGCUUCGAGCUACAAAAAUAACAACAACAAUAAUAAUAAUAUUAAUAAUCAUAACAACAGAAAGAUUAUUUAGACUUGAAGACAUAUAAAGUCUUUGCAGAACUGAAUAAAUUUCGAUCGCACAAUCAUAAAAUCAAUAAAAUGGCGUCGUUUGGAUUUAUUAAGAUGGCGAUCACAUCGAUUAAUUAUUUAAAAAAAAAAACC